GAUGGCAAUGAAUACCCUGAAGGUGGCUUGCGCGCCUAUCUGGUGGUAUUCGGCUCCUUUUGUGGACUACUGGCUGCGCUUGGAAUCAUGAACACCGUUGGAUUGUAUCAGGCAUAUCUCGGAGAGAACCAGCUCUCUGGUUAUAGCGAGAGUGCAAUCGGCUGGAUCAUCAGCAUCUAUGUGUUCCUCAGUUUUGGAGUCGGGUUAAUCAUCGGCCCUAUCUUCGACGUGUACGGACCGCGAUGGUUCGUGCUCGCCGGUUCCAUCUGCAUCAUGGUGUGCAUGAUGCUGCUCGGUGUCUGUACCGCAUACUGGCACUUUCUCAUCGUCUUCGGCAUCAUCGGAGGCGUUGGCACGGCGCUGAUCUUUACGCCCGCAAUUUCCUCCAUCGGCCACUUCUUCUACAUCAAACGUGGUUCCGCCACUGGUCUCGCUACCGCUGGAGGAUCCCUAGGCGGAGUCAUCUUCCCAUUGAUGUUGCAGAAUCUGUUCCCGAAAGUUGGCUGGGGUUGGGCGACCAGAAUUCAAGGCUUCGCUUUUCUGGCUUUGCUCGUCGCCACCAACCUACUCGUUCGUUCACGACUGCCACCGAAGCCGGGCCAAUCCAUUCUGCCUGACUUUCGGAUCUUCCGUCAGGUCGACUUCGCUCUCGUCACAGCCGGCAUCUACUUCAUGGAAUGGGGUCUAUUCGCACCAAUCACUUAUCUGACUCAGUAUGCUCUGUACUCGGGCGCGAUGAGCACGACCUUUGCGUACCAGAUUAUUGCCAUCUUCAACGCUGGCUCUACGCUUGGUCGUUGGUUGCCGGGAUACUUCGCCGACAGGAUUGGAAGAUACAACACCAUGAUCCUCGCUCUCGCCCUCUGCUUGGUAGCUUCUUUCGGCCUCUGGCUACCUGCGACAUUGCUGUCCGCGUCUGACGAUCGAGACUCCCACAAGACCGCUGUCUUUGGGCUCACCAUUGCCUUCUCGGUCGUGUUUGGCUUCGCUUCCGGCUCCAACAUUAGUCUGACGCCUGUAUGUGUCGGGCAGCUGUGCGAGACCGAGCAGUAUGGACGAUACUACGCGACCUGCUACACUAUCGUGGCGCUCGGAACCUUGACUGGAAUUCCGAUUGCCGGCGCUCUUGUCCAGGCUUGUGACGGAGCUUUCUGGGGUGUAGCGAUCUUCACUGGCAUGUGUUACGCCGUCUCGAUCGCGGCGUUUGUGACUGUCAGAGUCAUGAGAGGAGGAUGG